AUGGCUUUUAUCCCACAGACCAAAGAUCUGGCUUCUGCAAAAGCGGGUGCAGGUUUGGCUCCCGCAUCCACGAACGGACUCUGUGCCGAACGCAAACGCAUGCAGGACGCACACAGCGACGCAGCCGGUCGGAAAAAGAGAUCUUCACGCGAGAAUCGGAUGAACAUCGAUUCUGAAUCGGUUCGCAAGAAAGCCAUUAACUCCGCUGUUACUGGCAGACACCCCAGGACUCCUGGAGUAGUUCCUUCAGACAGCCUUCAGAAUUUCUCCUCAAAACCUCCAAUUGAGACUUGA